UAGUGUUUUGUCUUGGUUUAUUUUAAAGAUCAGAGUAAUUGGAAACAAUUACUUUUUAAUUAAUAACUUGGGAAAGGUGAACAGAAACAUUUUACAGGGUUUUACCGUGUGCACACUGAAAUAAAACACUUUAUGCUAUGCUUCAAUAAUUUAUCACUUCUUGACAGGGGCUUGGAAAAGGUCCAGUCUGUAAAUACAAAUCACCAAUUUGCUCCUUUAUAAAUGAGUUCUUUUAAGAAGAAAAUGGAUGGCUCUCCAAGUGGAGCAUACAUGUUCUCAUUUGUUUUGUAGAAUAUGUGGGGCUGCCAGGUUAUCGUGUCCCUUCAUUCACUUACAUCAGCCACCUCUAAAAGCAAUUCCAUUGUAGUCUCCCACCAAUCUGUAGCAUCCUAUUUUUUCUAACUUCUUCCCUGACCUCCCCUUUGGUAUAUAAGUCUUUAUUUUCCCCUUGCCAUCUCUCUAGUUUAAUAGUUCUACAGUGGAGUACUGUUUUCAACCAUGGAACUACUUUUAAUCAAGAUCGACUUUGGGAAAUGCUGCCAUUUUUAUGGUAAUAAAGGACUGUAUUAUGCACUGGGACCUGCUCAAGUUGUCCCCUGUGUAUACCUUCACAUAGUAGAACCAUGAAACAAAGUGUAAAUGCUAAAAUUGCUUUGUUCUUAACUGUAGUCUCCUCGAGGUCAGUGAAUGAUUUCUAACUGCAUUGUAGCGAAGACAUUUGUUCCAGGUUGAAGAAUUUUUUGCUGGAGAACAUACAUUUUCCCUGUCUCUGUGCCCCCAAACCCUGGCUGCCACACUCUUUCUCUUGGGCUGUGACAAAACAAUGUUUAGCGAGAAACAAAAUUCUGCUCGAUUUUCAGACUAUCUGACUUCAUGUUCUGUUUUGGUCUUUGAGCUAUUCCUUGGCUAAUCUUCCAACAAGUCGAAUUGAUUCUUAUUUCAAAACUGUUUAUCCCAAAACAGAGCUGUUGACAAGUACAAAUACAGAUGGCAGACAUGUGGUAUGAUUUUCAUGUUCUCAUCUCAGCAUUCAGGAAGGGAAUGUUAUUGAAAGAUGGUUUACAUCUGAAGCUUUCUGCUCAAGGCAAUAUGGAAUGCAUGCUAGGAGUGCUUAAUUAUGCUUAAUUAAUAAUAGUAACAAAUGCUUACGGGAUUUCCUUAAGGACUAAAAGUGCAGCAGCAUUGGACUUGCUGUGUAAGGCUUAUCGCCCUGGAGGCUAUAAUAAUCUGUAACAAUAGAAGCAGCCUCUAGGGGGUAAGAUUGUCUUUGAUAAUCACUGACUCUUGGGUGACCUCAGUACAGCAUUCCAGGCCAAAGAUCCAGAAUGUUCCCUUACUGGGGGCAGACAUGCCCAUGAUUGCACUGACCUUUGUCCUCCAAGCAGAUGAUCCUCCAGAGUACUGGCUAGCUCUUAUAUUCAGAGGUAAAUCCCAGCCCAUGCUGUGGCCUUUGCUGUUCCCCACAGCCCAACUGCAUUAACUAUGUUUUUUUUUUUCUCCACAAAAAGAAAUUGUUGGUGAAAGGAAGACAACCUGCAGUUUUUCUCCUCACCGACCUGGUUUCAGGAGGCCGUGUGCUGAGUGGAGUGCCUCUUCCUGUCUUCCCUAAGCUUGCCCCUGACCAUUGUGGAGGUAGAUGCCACCUAAGAGUGGCAGGGUUAGUCCUGACCUCUGGGGUCUGAAUAUCCAGCAACUACCUUAAUUCCAGUCGCUGCUGUCUGUCGUACCACCAGUACACAGCUGUACAGCUGUGUCUCUGUUGUUGACCGACUAACUUAGAUUCACUGUUAAAGUCCAAUUAGCCAGAGUGGGGGUGAAAAUGCAAGAGUGGACGGUGAGAGUGGUAUGUGCCAUGUGUGACAGGACCGCGGAGAGAGCCCUCUCUGAUACCUGUUAUGUCCCUCCUUUAAAAGAUGCGAGAGGUGGCCAGGGAAUGGGGAUUUCAGAAUGUGGCGGCAGAAAUCAAUUUAGCAUUUAUUGGAUGACAGCUGUAGGCAGGCACUGUGCUGUACCUUAUGGGGGCAGAUAAAAAAGGAAAUAUGACAUUGUUCGCACCUUCCAUACUGAGUUUGUAGGUUUGGGUAUUAUGGGGGAAAGUGGUACUCUCCAUCCUUUUUUUAAAAAAUUGGGCCAAAAUUUUAAGAAUUCUUUUAAAAAUCAACAUUUUAGAUGGAUUUGAGCAUCUCAACUGUAUGUUUGUAUCUUGGAAUUCCAAGUAAACUCAGGAGUGGAUAAUUUUGAAAUCUGAACGUAGCUAUGCCCUAUUUACCCACAGGCCCAGGUAGUUCAGCCUCCCAUUUUUGUUUUUUUCCUUCCCCUAGCAAAAGCCAGCUUUUGUGUGGUUUAACUGAACAAUCAUGUUGGAUAUUUUUUUAUUUGAAGACCCAUUUUGAUUCAUAUGCAGCAUUGAAGGAUUUUCUUCAUAGUAAUUUGGGAGUUAUAGCAGAUAGAAAGGCAGAGGCAUAUUCCAGGAACUUCGUGAAAUACAAAACACUGAAACACUUGGGAUAGGCUAGUUUUCAAUGCUUGGGUUACACAAAUGUCCAAAUUCACAUGGGCGUAAUUUAUUCCAAGUUUUAUAAUGGGAUGGAUGUUGGUGGGUUUGGCAAUAUACCAACAAUUUGGAUUAAAGAAGAGGUUAGUUUAUGAAAAGUUUACGUCACAAUCUUAGGCAAUUUUAUUACCAUCAUGUGCAUACGGUAUUUCAAGUCACUAUUCAGUGUUUAUAUCAAAUAGACGUUUUAUUGAACUUGGAAAAAUGAAAAAAUUAAAAAUGUGUAAUAUGUACGGUUGAGUGGAUGUUGCUGGGAUACAGGGCUCCUUGUACCCCACCCACAUUAGUGUGUUAAUCACAAACCCCAAAUCUCAGUGGUUUGAAACAACUAAUGAUCUUACUCAUGCUCCAUGUGCACAGGGGCCCAUAGGUGGGACUCCACUGAUUGCAGUCACCUAGGGGCCCAGGCCAAGGGAGGCAGCACCUUAUGUUUCCACCAUCUCAACCUGAGGACUCAGCAUCUGCUGCGGCAGAGGAAGAGCAUAAAGGAUCACUCCCUGGCUCCUAAAACCUUUUGCUUAAAGCUAGUGUCACUUCUACCCCAUUAUUAGGCAAAGCAAGUUACACGGUCAGGGCUUACUUUAAGUUUUCAGAAAAGUAUAAUCCUUUCAUGGACCCAGGAGAGACAACCAGAAAUACUGGUAAACAGUGGUAAUAACGUACCACAUUAUGUGUACUAGUCAUGGUUCCUCCAGAGAAACAGAACCAAUAGGAUGUAUAGAGAGAUUUUAAGGACUUGGCUCCCACGAUUGUGGAGGCAAGCCCAAAAUCUGCAGGGUGGGCUGGCAGCCUGGAGACCCAGGGAAGAAUUGCCAUUCAAGUCUGAAGGCUGGCCGCUGGAAGAAUUCCCUUUUCCUCCAAGGAAGUCAGUGUUUUCCUGUUAAGGCCUUCAACUGAUUGGAUGACGCCCACCCAUAUUAUGGGGGGUAGUCUGUUUUAUUUACUUUAAAUAGGUCUACUUAUUUAAAUGUUAAUCUCAUCUUUAAAAAAUAGCUUCAUAGCAACAUCUAGAGUAAUGUUUGACCAAAUAUCUGGGUACCAUGGCCUAGCCAAGUUGAUAUAUGAAGUUAACUAUCAUGGUAUGUUAACCAUAUCCUUUGCAUUAUACAUUUUCUUAAUCAUUAGUAAAGCAUUCAGAAGUAUAAAGCCUCGGUGUGAUUUUUACUGUAUUGAAAAAAGAAUUCUUUCUUUGUUAAGACUUGGGUUGAGGGACCUGUGCUCUUGGUGUCUUAAUCUAUUUUUCAUUAGAUUCCAAAGAAAAUAGUAACUGGUUUCUUCAUGGUUUCAAAAGCUGAGUCUGAAUAGAUUGUUUUGGUUUGGUUUUGUUGCUGCAGUUUAACUUACAAUUUUCCAAUUAAUAUAUUCCUAUAUUUAAAAGAAAACGCAGAAGGUAACAAUCUUUCGUUAGACCAGGUAAUUUUAUCUCAAGCCAACCAAAUGUGUUCCAUUCACAUACUGUGAGGAGAUGAUCAUGGAGUCUUUAGUAUACCUCAGAACUUGCCUUAUGUAAAAUGUGUCUCAAAGGCACAGGGCAUGUUACAGCUAAAACUUUACCUUAUCACUUUUCAUACAGUGGGUUUUUAUGGCUCUCCCCUUUCAGUAUAUUCAAAACUCUUUACAAGUAUCUUUCUCCUGAGAAAGUGCAUGUGCUCCUGUCUUGUUCAAAGAUGUCCCAUCAACAGGACCUGAUCUCCAGUUUGCUUUUGUCUUUUUCCUAAUUGUGAUAUUCUUGGCAGUGCCUGCUUCACACCCUGUUCCUUGUCCCCCUGGCACUGGCAUAGAAAGAUUUCUGAGAUGAUUUCUCCAUGCUGGGAGUGCAGUAGAGGAGCCUCAUGAAGAUCAGACCUCCACCUUGGUUUCAUUAGCCAACUAAGCUAAUCCUCACAUUCUCCCCUCGUAGUCACCGAACAAGGUAGCCCCCUUUUCCAAUGAGGAAACCUGAAGCAAAGAGGUUAAGUGACUUGCCCAGAGUCACUUAGGGAGUGGUUGCAACUACGGUAACAGUUCCUUCUGCUAUUUGAUCAAGUGCAUAGGUGUGGGCUCUACCGAUUUCUUCUUCUAGCAUGCAUUUAAUCAAUAAAUCAAUCUUCUCUUCUGAUUCAUCCUACCAGUAGUCGAAUGAAGAAGGUCCCAAGGUGUGCACACAGACUGCUGUCCUCUACAUUCAAAGAUGAUGUUGCUGACAGUGAUUUGUUAUCUGGCUUGAGUGUGACAGGAAAGAUCAAUAGUUGGCCAACAGCCCUUUAUACACCAGGCCAAGGUAGAAAACUGCUCCUUGGCUUGCGUCUGCAGGCACUGUUUGCAGAGACUAGCAGUUUUUGAGAUGACCGUCUCUUAGAAUUUGUUUUUUCUUCCCUGGAGUCUCUCUAAUCCUAAUUACUACUCAACAGGCUGUUUCCCAGCAGCCCUUUGCUGGGCCUUUGUGUUAGAAGCUGUGCAUCAUCAGACCCAGUAGGUCUGUAGGAGAGAAGUGGAGACAGGCUGUGUGUGCAUCUGAAUCGACUUUCCCUCCCUGGGCAACGCUGACUAAAUCUAUCGUUCUUUUGUCAGCGACUCAUUUGCUCAGAUGUUGAAUGAAGACUGAAGUAAUUUUUAUUUUUUAUUUUUGAGACAGUGUCUCACUCUGUUGCCUAGGCUUAAGUGCAGUGGCAUGAUCUCAGCUCACUGCAACCUCCUCCUCCUGGGUUCAAGCAAAUUCUCCUGCCUCAACCUCCCCAGUAGCUGGAGUUACUUUUCGUAUUUUUAAUAGAUACGGAGUUUCACCAUGUUGGCCAGGUUGGUCUCGAACUCCUGACAUCAAGUGACCCACCUGCCUCGGCCUCCCAAAGUGCUGGGAUUAUAGGCAUAAGCCACCAUGCCCGGCCCCAAGACUGAAGUAAUUUAAUGUCUUUUCUCACGUGAGAUUUGCCAUGUCACUUGGCCCCCUUCUCUGUAUCCCUCAUUCUCAUUUUGUGUACUUAGGACUUUCCCAGGCCCCAUUCCUUGAGCACAGCCCAUACCCCAAAACCACUCUACCCCUAACCUUGGGCACACAUUGCUUAAAAUCACCAUGUAAUCAUUUUAAAUUCAACCAUGCUAGGUUGUGCAUUUUGUGUUAAAUACAUUUUUUGUGACACGUUUACUCACAAUUUCUCUGUUUGUAUUCUUAUCAUUUUUCAGUGUAUUAUAAAACAUUAGAACUUUUUUUAACUUUUCAUUGAAACUGAUCACUUUAAGUACUGUGAGAGAAAAAUGCAGGAUGUCAAAGAGAUAUAGCAAACCGUAUGUGUUUGCAUUUCCAGAAAAAAGGGGAACAUCUAUUGUAAAAAGAUUAAAAUAGAUGGGUGAGAGGUUGAGAGAAAAUAGAUAAUAGAUACUAUUUCCCAUGAUUAGAACUGUUUUCCUGAGUGAACCUGUAUACCCUGUUCAGAGAAAUGAAUUUAUUUUAACUGAAAGGAAAACCAGGUUGAAUGAUCAUCAGGUAGAGAAUUUUUUGGCGGGGGGUGCGGUGGGGAGUGGACAGUCUUGCUCUGUCACCCAGGCUGGAGUGCAGUGGUGUUGUCAUAGCUCACUGCAGCCUCAACCUCCUGGCCUCAAGUGAUCCUCCCACCUCGGCCUCCUGAGUAGCUGCGACUACAGGAGCACACCACCAUGCCCAGCUAGGCAGAUAAUUUAAAAGCCAUUCUUUUUAAUUAAAAACCAGUGCAGACUUUUAACAUGAUCAGUUUUGCUGCUGUCAUUCAUUUCCCUUUAAUGAAGUGAAAUUUACCCCAAAUUAAGAUUCUCUUCUUUCUCCCUCUUUCUACUUCUGUUUUAUGGGAGAAGCCAGCUUUUAAACUCUGUAGUUUGAAUCCCCUACCCCUACCCCGCCUAAAUUAUCUAGGCAUUAUUUCUCUCCUAUUUGCCCUUAUUCUGAAUUUCAUGUCAAUUUACUUAUUACUUUAACAAGCUGACCCUUCCUCAAGCUUUCUGUGUGGAGGGGAAGGGGCUGUGCUGGAGUCCCUGUUGUAUCUCAGUGGAAGCUGUACUCCUGACAUAGCUGGUGACUUUGUGGGCAGUUGGUGUGUGAAUGCCACCGACCUAGGUACUUUAGGAACUUGACAAAACCUGAAGAAAAGGGUUUCCUAUCAGGCUUUUACAACAGUGAGACCAGAUCAAUUUCAGUGACAUUGUAUAUCGGAAGCUCCUAGAGGGCAGAGCUGUGUUUCUCUUGGCUUUUUAUUUCCAGUGCCUGAAGGUGCCUGAGAUAUUGGUGUUCAUUUGCUGUUUUCCUGCUGACAAAUAAUUACAUAGAAACACAAUCCUGGUGUCUUUAGAUAAUUUACCUAAGUCUUUGGUAAGCAUUUUGGCUUCCAGAUAGAACUGCUCUCAUCCUUAGCAUCAGGCUCAUUAUUAUCAUUUGAAAAUUUGAAAACACUGGCAAAGAGGCAAGUUGCAGUGCAGUAAUAAGGUCCUUAAUUUUCUACCAUCUGCUGGAAGUUCAUUUAGCUGCAAGCUGACCAUCUGAUGCAUUUUUGGUUUGCUGGGCUGACAGUUUCACUGCUUAGAAAUCAGAAGAAACAGCACACUGGACUCAUAAGGAGAGAAUGCCCAUUGAACAGGGAAUUGAUGGGAAUUUGGGAGAAAAGGUGGCUGUCAUCUUGGCGAGUAGGCCAGGGAGUGAAAUAAAUCUUUUUUUGUUGUUGUUUUGUUUUUGAGACGGAGUCUUACUGUCGCCCAGGCUGGAGUGCACUGGCGCGAUCUGGGCUCACUGCAAGCUCUGCCUCCCGGGUUCACGCUGUUCUCCUGCCUUAGCCUCCCAAGUCGCUGGGACUACAGGUGCCUGCCACCACGCCUGGCUAAUUUUUUGUAUUCUAGUAGAGACGGGUUUUCACCAUGUUAGUCAGGAUGGUCUCGAUCUCCUGACCUCGGGAUCCGCCCAUCUCAGCCUCCCAAAGUGCUGGGAUUACAGGCGUGAGCCACCGCGCCCAGCCGAAAUAAAUCUUAAGUGUAGUCAGACACAUAUCCUGGCCUUUGUGAAAGCAGUUAUUAAAAGUUCAGUUCAGAAAAAAAAAAAGUCUUGUGGGAAGAAACAGAAAGUUUAAGAAAAUUUGUAAAGUAUCUUUUUGAAUACAAACUCCAAAGAGAAAUAAAAAGAGAGCCUUCAGAGAGCUAACACAUAUUCAAGUCUUACUUUGUGCUGGCCAUUGUUCUAAGCUCUUUACAACUAAUUUAAUCUUCAGAACAACCCUAUGAAAUUGAUAUUAUUAUUCCAUCUAUAAAUGAGGAAAUUGAAGCACACAGAAAGGAAGAAACUUGCUCAAUAUCACCCAGUUAGUUACUGGCAGAGGUGAGAUUUAAACCCAGCAGUCUAGGUCAAGAGACUUUAAACCACUUGCCCCAGAAUAUGUCAAGAAGCCCAAACCCAUUUUGAGUUAAUUUUUGUAUGGUUGCAAGAUAAGCAUCCAUUUUCGUUCUUUUGCAUGUGGAUAUCCAGUUUCCUAGCACCAUUUAUUGCAGAAACAGUCCUCUCUCCAUUGUGUGUGUUCUUGGUACCUUUUUCUAAAAUCAAUUGAUCUUAGAUGUGUGGGCUUAUUUCUGGUGUCUCUGUUUUGUUCCAUUGGUCAGUAUGUCUGUUUUCAUGCUAAUACCAUGCUGCUUUGAUUAUUAUAACUUCGUAAUAGAUUUUGAAGUCAGACAGUGUGAUGCCUGCAGCUUGUUGUUUUUGUUCAGUAUUGCUUAGCUAUUUGGGGUGUUUUGUGGUCCCAUACACAUUUUAGGAUUGUUUUUUCUAUUCCCUUAGAAAGUGAUAUUGGAAUUUUGAGAAGAAUUGCAUUGAAUCUGUAAAUUGUUUUGCAUAGUAUGGACAUUUUAACAAUAUUGAUUCUUUCAAUUCAUGAACAUGGGACACCUUUCCAUUUGUGUCAUCUACUAUUUCUAUCAUCAAUGUUUUAUAGUUUUCAGUAUAUAAAUCUUUCACCUCCCUGGUGAAAUUUACUCCUAAGUGUUGUUUUUUUUUUUUUUUUAAAUGCUAUUAUAAAUGAAAUUGGUUUCUUCAUUUCUUUUUGAGGUAAUUCAUUUUUAGUGUAAAUAAAUGUUACUGAUUUUUUUUCUUUUUUUUAGACAGAGUCUCAAUCCCAUCACCCAGACUUGAGUGCAGUGAUGUGAUCCCUGCUCACUGCAGUCUCAAACUCCCAGGAUCAGGUGGUUCUCUCACCUCAGUCUCUUGAGUAGCUGGGACUACAGGUGUGCACCACCAUACCUGGCUAUUUUUUUGUAUUUUUAGUGGAGAUAGGUUUUUGUCAUGUUGCCCACACUGGUAUCAAACUCCUGGGAUUAAGUGAUUAACCUGCCUUAGCCUCCCAAAAUAUGUGGAUUACAGAUAUGAGCCACUGUGCCCAGCCAGAAAUACUACUGAUUUUUGUGUGUUGAUUUUGUAUCCUGCAACUUUACUAAAUUCAUUGAUCAGUUAGACUUGAAACUGCAAAACUACUGGAUGAAAACAUAGGGGAAAUACUCGAUAACAUCAGUCUGGGCAAAGAUUUCUUGGGUAUGACCCCAAAAGCAUAGGCAACAGAAACAAAAAUAAAUGAGAUUGCACCAAACUAAACAGCUUCUGCACAGCAAAGCAAACAAUAGAGUGAAGAGACAAUCCAUAGAUUGGGAGAAAAUAUUUACAAACCAUAUAGGUGUAAGGGGAUAAUAUCCAAAAUACAUAAGGAACUGAAACAACUUAAUAGCAAAAAAACAAGAACCCAAUUUAACAAUGGACAAAGGACCUAAAGAGACAUUUCUCAAAAGAAGACAUACAAAUGGCCAACAGUAAACAUGCUCAUCAUCGGCAAUUAUCAGGCAAUGCAAGUUAAAACCAUGAUAAUAUAUCACCUUACACCUUCCAGAAUGGCUAUUAUCAAAAAGUUGAAAGAUAACAUGUGUUGGUGAGGGUGUGGAGAAAAGGGAAUUCUAGUGCGCUGUUGGUGGGAAUGUAAAUUAAUACAGCCAUUACGGAAGGCAGUAUCAAGAUUUCUCAGAAAACAAAAAAUAGAACUACCCAUAUGAUCCAGCAGUCCCCUUCUGGGUACGUAUCAAAAGAAAUUGAAAUCAGUAUGCUGAAGAGAUCUCUGCACUCCUGUGUCCAUUUCAGAAUUAUUCACAAUAGCCAAGAUAAAGGAGGAACCUAAGUGUCCAUCAAUGGAUGAAUGGAUAAAGAAAAUGUGGUAUAUAUAUAUAUAAUGGAGUACUAUUCGUCCUUAAAGGAGAAGGAAAUUCUGUCAUUUGUGACAACAUGGGUGAACCUGAAGGAUGUUAUGCUAAGUAAAAUAAGCCAGGCCGAGGAAGAUAAAUACUGCAUGAUCUCACUUAUAAGUGGAAUCUAAAAAAGUCAAACUCAGAAGUAGAGAAUGGAAUGGUGGUUACCAGAGGCAGGGGGAAGGGGUGGAUGGGUAAUAGGGAGAUGCUGAUCAAAAGGUACAAAAUUUCAGUUGGGAGGAAUAAGCUUUAGUGACCUAUUGCACAGAAUGUAUAAUAAUGUAUAUUUCAAAAUUGCUGAAAGAAUAUAUUUUAAAUGUUUUCACCACAAAAAAAUGAUAAAUGUGUUAGGUGUUGGAUUUGUUAAUUAGCUUGAUUUAAUCAUCCCACAAGGUAAACAUAUAUCAAAACAUCAUAUUGUACCCCAUAAAUAUAUAAUAUAUACAAUUAUUAUUUGUUAAUUAAAAUUUAAAAUAAUUACUUGAAAAGAAGACCAAACUCCCAGAUGUGCUGAGGCUUUUCAGAAUAAAGUGGACAACAAAGGGACAAGGCCACUCAUUAAUGAGGAUAGCCUGGUGUUAACAGAUGGCACGGAGGCCAGGCCACUCAGGUCUUAUUUUAUCUCUUUAUCCUUCAAAAAGAAUCAUCUCCAAGCUGAAAAUAUUUCUAGGGGAGAAACGGAAUCCACCAAAAUAAAGAAGACUGGAACUCCUCUAAGUUAAGUCUCCAGGGGCAAUGAUGACAUCGCACUGCACAAAGCGACUUGUAGGUGACACAGGAAACACUGUUAGGAGCCUGUGAGACAUUGAGGAAAAUGAGACAUGAGCAAACAAAUGCCCUGGUUUUAAAAAGGAAGAAAAGAGAAAAAACUGAAAGGAGAAGAAAAUACUUUUGUUUAAGGGAUGUGUUUGCAACUCUGAGAGGAAGCCAUUCUAUCAAGCCUGAAGAAAAGUGUGUUCCUUGCGUCUGGACUGAAGCUGCUGUUUGUCAUGAUACAGGAGAGGGCAGGAUGAGGAUGCGGGCUGCCCUCGUGGGCUGGGCUUGUACCACCCUUUGCCUGGCUUCCUGCUUGUCUGCCUUUUCCCAUGGUGCCAGCACGGUGGCCUGUGAGGACAUGCAACCCAAACACAUCCAAGCCCAGCCUCAGCACCAGGACACCCACCACGUCACCAUCCACACCCACAGGUCUUCCUAUGCACCAGGUGACAAGAUUCCAGUGACGGUGAGAAGCAGUCGUGAUUUCAUGGGAUUUCUCCUUCAGGCUCAAAGAGUGUCUGAUCAUCAAGUCGCUGGCACUUUCAUCCUCAUUCCUCCUCAUUCCAAACUGAUGACUUGUUUUCAAGAGGCUGAUGCAGUCACCCACUCUGACAAGUCCCUGAAGAGAAACCUGUCAUUCGUGUGGAAGGCCCCUGCCCGGCCUGUGGGGGACAUUAAGUUCCUUUUAUCAGUAGUCCAGUCAUAUUUCGUUUACUGGGCAAGGAUUGAAUCAUCUGUUGUGUCUCAGCAGACACACAGCAGCGCCCAUUCUGACGACCACAUGGAGCCCAGAUUACUGAUGCCAACCCUUCACCAGAGGCUGGGCGAUGUUGAAGGAGCUGCUCCAGCUCCCAGGGCCCCCAUCACUCUUCCACAGCAGCACACGCAUGUCUUUGCUGUUGCCCUUCCUGGAGCUGCAGAGGAGGACAAUCUAGAUCCUGUUCCUGCCAGUAUUUGGGUGACAAAGUUUCCUGGGGAUGCAGAGACUCUGUCCCAACCAUCUUCACACACAGCCACUGAAGGCAGCAUCAACCAGCAACCCAGCGGGGACAGCAAUCCGACCCUAGAGCCAUCCCUGGAGGUCCACAGGCUGGAGAGGCUCGUGGCCCUCAAGAGAGUCUCCUCAGAGAGCUUUGCUUCCAGCUUUAGCACCCAUCACAGAACUCAGGAUGAUCCCAGCUUUGAUUCACUGGAAACUUGCCUGUCCUCAGAUGGGGGUGAACAGGACAAGACGAAGGCCUCUAACAGUACCGUGACACAGCCUCCUCUGUCCACCGUCCAGCUUACCUAUCCCCAGCGCCUCUGGUCCUCUGAAACUUUCACAGGGAAUGGGGCCGGGGCAAGCAACCCAACCCCUGUCCUCCAGACCUCUGGCACUUCUGGGCUACCUGCUGCUGGUGACCAGUCAGAGGCAUCCAGGGCCUCUGCCAGCUUCUUACCUCAGUCAAAGCACAAGGAGCUCAGAGCAGGGAAGGGAGAUGGAGAGGGUGGAGUGGGAUACCCUCGGCAGACCAACCUAUGGCCUGACACUGGGCUAGAGGGAGCCCAGGCCCCUCUGGGGAUCCAGCUCAGAACUCCCCAGCUGGGAAUUCUGCUUUGCCUGUCAGUCACCCUGGGCAUGGCCCUGGCCACUGGCCUUCGCUACCUGCACACCCAGUAUUGCCACCAGCAGACGGAAGUGUCCUUCAGCGAGCCUGCUUCAGAUGCUGUUGCCAGGAGUGACAGUGGUGAGACUGUGCACGUCAGGAAGAUUGGGGAGAACAGUUUUGUUUUGGUUCAAGCAGAGUACAACUGGAUCACUCCUUCUGUGGGUAGCAAGAAAACAGUCCUCUGAGAAGACUGUCACCCCAGACCUCUCAGUGGCCCUCCUUGGGCCCUGGAGAGUGUCCCAGACAGAGCAGAGCUAAUGAGAAUACCUGAUGAAGACAGGGACUCAUUGUUCCUCUGUCAAUGUGCAGUUAGUGGAGGAAGCCAGGAGAGGACAGUUUCAUCAACAGAGGGAGUUAUUCCUGAGCUUUGUUGUCUUAACAUCUGUAAUUGAGCUUCCUUUUUUCUUUUUGCAAUUAGACGUUCUGUUUGAAGACUUAAACUCAACACAAUGAAUAUUGUAUAACCCGCUCAUUAACUAGACCCCUGUGGCCGCUAAGCUUCCUCUGUUGCCCUAAGGAAGCCAUAGAAAUAGAAAUAGAAAUACUGUCCCUCCUUAGUGUCUCAUCUCUUCUAACUCUGGGAAAAAAAAAAGUAAUGUUGGAUUGUGUCUCCUGCAAGAAAAAGAACUGCAGCUCUCACUUUGCCUUCCUAAACCACCCCCAAAGAAGUUUUCUUUUCAAAACUGAAUUCAACAACUUGCUAGAGUUCUGAUUUGGAUGACUAGGUGAAUGCAAGGGUAUGUGGUCUUCUGGGCAACUCAGCAGUCUGGCAAAUCUGCCAUGGAAAUUGAUCCAAAGUCAGGAAAGUUUUUGAGAGCUUGAUUGAACACAUCUUUAGGAAAACAUAUACAUGCAACACAAGGCCAUAAACACCAGAGUGGGGUAGGCAAGCCUUUUCAUCAGGUGUAAAUGGAUCUGAGACCUCCCAUCCAUUUACACUUGAGGGAAAGAUUCGUGUAUUCCAACAGCUAGCAGACAUACUGCCUUUUGCCAAAGGUCAGGCUGAAAAACAUUAUUAUACCAGCAUAGUUUGAAGAACAGUCUUUACUUGUCUUUUCAGGGAAUAUCAGGAAGAAAGCUUCAUGGAUGAAGGUCAUCUAUCUGAUCUCAUAACUUUAUGAAGAUUGCUUUGAUUUAACAGUGGCUCCACAGACACUAUCUGAGGUCAAAACAACAGAUCUGAAUAUAACUCUUAAAUAUGCUCACCUAAUAUAGCACAUUGGAAUUAGCUGCCUUUUCAGAGUGAAACCUAUUAUAGAGUCAUCAUUCAUUUUAAUGCAGAAACAAAAAUCACUACAAAUUCGGAAAGGAUAUUUGUUUAUUGAACAUCUAAUUCAUACAGGAACUGUGCUAAGAAGUUUGCAUAUAUCUUCACGUUUAACCCUCACAAAAAUUUAAUGAGGAGUAAGUUCAGUAGCUUUCCAAGGAGAAUGAGGCUUUCCUUAUACCUCAAUUUAACAAUUUUUAAAAAUUGAGUGUUCAGGAAAGAGACAGCUCCUGCCUUUUCCACACCUCCCUUUAGCUCAUUGGUCAUCAAUUCCAAGACUCUCCCCUCCCGGAUUCUGGCCUAGAUAGCUCUGUUCCCUGGCUUCAGUCAUUAGAUGCAUGGAGACCUAGGUAAUUUGUGCAUUCACAAAUGAAAGUGUUCUAGGAAUGCUGUGGAAAGAAACAAAUGUACUGUAGUCUAAUAAGGCCACAUAUAUCCCUUCUGCAUGCCUAGCCCUCUAAAAGACGUCCUCCCCAAGAAGCAAACAAGGGACCCCAUUAAUGGAGAGCUUUCAUCUGGCCACAUCGCAUCAGAGCCAGAUGCACCAUGUAUGCAAUCUUUUUUAAAUCUUUUCUGUCUAAGAGAGAAUUUCUAUGUAAACAGACUGUUUUGCUUAUCUAUUGAUGUGAACAAAUUACCUCCAGGCUUAGUAGUUGAAAAUAAAAUCACCACCACCACCACCAUUUAUCAUCUUUCACGAUUCUGGGGUUGCCUGGUCUCAGCUGGGCAGUUCUGCUCUCAGUGUUAUUGAAUGGGAUGGGACAGCCUAGCUGACUCCCUCACAUGGCUUGCAGUUGAUGUUGGCUGCCAGCUAAGGGCCCAAAUGGGGCUGCUGAAGAAUGUGGGAAGCAAUAUGGCUCUGUUCUUUGUGUCUUCUUAUGCCAUAUGGUGGCUGAGUUCUAAGAGGAAGUGUGCCAACAACACAAAACCAAAGGCUGCAUAUCUCUUAAGACCUGGCCCUUGGAAGUUGUCAUAGUGAGUCACAGGACCAACCCUCAUUAUUCAAAAGGAAGGGCAACAGAUUUCACUUUUUGAUGGGAGAAGUGACAGAGGAUUUGCAGCCAUCUUUAAUUCACAUUCCCUUCUGCUUAGACUGCUGAUCUGCCAUGGAGGGAUUGUGUGAGACUUGAAGAGAUGCCAUUCAUCCCUGGAUGAUGAGGGAGAUACAGAUGCUUCAUAAAGACAAGGACUUUGUUUUAUUCACUGCUGUAUUCCUAGUACAUAGCUUGGAGUCCGCUAUUCCUAGUACAUAGUAAGUAAUCAGCUCCCUUUUGCCCAUUGCCUCAGAAACUCAGGGCUCCAACAAACAGGGAUUGAAAACCAUGAACAACGCUUUCUUCAGAUGAGGAGAGUAAGGCCAUGGAGAGGUCAGUCCAACGACAAGUAAGUCUAGGGGAGUCCUCAGAUUCCUUCGACCCACCCUGACUUCCAAAUUCACUUUUCCUUCCACCAUACUUGGCAGCUCAUUUAUUCUCUUGGAUCGUGUUAGGUAUUGUAAAUAUUUCAACAGAUCCAGAGAGAGUCAGGAAUCAAGCAGAAAAAUGGCCUGGAAUGAUCACUUUACUGCCACCCUGGGAAUGAGGAGGAUGGUAGGACACUGGAGACUGGUCAGUCAUAGUGAGUGAGGCCUGGGCAUGACCUGCCAGGCUGUGACAGGGCCCCAGCAGUGGGCCAAAGGGAGGAGAGACAGCAAGGGAGGGAGGGGCUGUCAUUAUCCCAGGUAGGAGCUCACCAUGGCACGCAGAUGUUUCUCAUUGGUUUACAGCCACCAUCUUGAACUCACUGCCUUCCUUUCUGUGGGCUCUGCAUUUUCCUUCCUUCAAAUGGCAUCUUGGGAACAUCUUCCCCCUCACCUGAUGAUGGAUGGCUUCUGCAAAGUGUUUUGUUGCUUUAUUCAGGGAAGAGGGUGCCUGGAAAUACAUUCUAUUGGAUAAUAAAGACCGUAUUUCCCUGAUUUAUUGUCAAGCUAUGCAGGGUUGUCUGAGAGGCAAGGAACCAGUGGGGAUAUACAUUUUGACUAAUGAUUAAUUAUUAUAUCAAAAGUGAUAUUUUCCUAUCAACUGAUAGGCAGGAAAAAUAGACUAGAGCUUGCUAGGUUAGCACCAUGGGUCACAGAUGUAGCCUCUGCAUUUUCAGAUUAUAUUAUCCAUUACAGGCGGCACCUUCUCAUUUAAAAACAUAAUUUGUUGUUCUCCCAGACGACAAAAAAAAAAGCUGACAUUUCACAUGGAAGCCAAAGAUUAGAAUCACUGCACAGGGCCGCAUAUGGAAGUACAUUAGGAUGUGGUGUCCCUGAAUCAAGGACGCCAGGCGGCCAGUGCUGGGAGAGAUGUAGAAGGCAGUAACUUCUGAUCUUUAUUAUGCAAAUGUGCAGCCCCCGAGCCAGGCUGUUUAACCUCAUCAGGGGAAAUGUCGCUGAUCAUUUCAAGCUCCAAAUGUAGCACAAGCAUUAGUGCUAGUAUGUUAUUAUUGGUGUUAUUAUGAUUUGGACGGCAUAUGGAAGCCCAAGCCCUCUGAUUUAAGCUCAGUCCCUCCUUGCUCAGACCCUCUGGGAUUGGACAUAAACUCCUCUUGAUAUUAAACAAACAAAUAUUUUUUUCUUUCUCUUUGUAA